AUAUCUGUUAGAUGAGAUGGAGAGUGUUCGUGCGUGAGUCGGUGUGUCUGCGUGUCUCGGCAAGCCAAGACUCCAGGCCGGUCGGUCAGUCCCUGCGUGGAGUUCGAACGUAUUGGAUAUAAGAAACACCGUGUCACUGCAGGACAUAUUUGACUCACCAGUAACCUACCAGACCUCCCUCCCUCCCCCCACCCCCGCCCUCUCGGCCUUCCACGGCACCAGCCCUUCCCAAGCUUGCCAGACCGCCACGAUGGACCACAAAAUGAAGACCACCUCGCCGGUCCGGUCUUACGCCCUCAGAACCUUGGCUUUAGGAACCAUCGUGCUCGCGGGGGCAGUCAGCGGGUACGUCCUGACUGCUGUCCUGCUCGUGUGCGCCUCGAGUCUCCUUCUGCGCUACCUCCAGGAGAAGCACUCGCACUGGAGGAAAAUGGGGGUUCCGUCGCCUCCCGCGAGCCUAGUGGUGGGCCACACGCUCCGGAGGUUAGGCCUCUCCGUCCCGUUUAUGAAGUUCUUCGACGAAAUGUACAACGACUACAACGGUUGUGAUUUCUGCGGUUAUUACGACUUCCUGAAGCCGGGUCUCUUCGUAGGCAACCCCGAGCUCAUCAAGAGUAUUCUCGUCAAGGACUUCGAGCACUUCAGCGACCGCAGGACCUUCGAUCUUGGCAAGGUGAACCCGAUCGCCAACGACAUGCUCACCAACGCCACGGGGGCUCACUGGCGUCUGAUCAGGAGCGUCGUGUCCCCGGCCUUCACCGCCACCAAGACGCGUCGCCUCCUCCCGCUCAUAACGCAGAGGGCGGCGCACCUCACGCGGCUGGCGGCGGAGGAGGCCACGAAGGGAUCCGUGGAGGCACGUGCUCUCUGCGGGCGCUACACCAUGGACAGCAUAGCCUCGUGCGCCUUCGGGAUCGAGUGCGACGCCCUGAGCUCAGAGGCAGCCACCUUCCCCAAAAUGGCCGCCAAGAUCUUCCAGCUGUCGCCUAUCAGGGCUCUGAAGAUCGUUACCCUCCUCGUGGCGCCCAAACUUGCCCAGAUCGUACACAAACUGGGCAUCGACUUCACCAGCCCCGAAUUCCACUUCUUCAGGCACGUGGUGAGCCACACAUUGCGCAUGCGUGAGGAGAGCGGCAUUCGGAGGGGAGAUUUUCUCGACCUCAUGAUGGAAACCAAAGCUAAUGGAAAAGAAGGUUUAUCUGACAACACCAUGGCGGCACAAGCUAUCCUCUUCCUUCUCGCUGGCUAUGACAACACUGCAAAUACGCUGUCAUUGGCACUGUUUCUGUUGGCGCAUCACCCAGAGAAGCAGGCAGCGCUAAGGAGGGAGCUGGCUUUCGCUAAGUUAGGGAGUGGAGGAGAGCUGACCCACGACCAAAUCAUGGAAUUGCCUUACCUCGACGCCGUAGUGAGUGAGACCCUCCGCCUGUACCCGGCUGCCCCUGUUAUCGAGAGGAUCUGCACCAAGCAGUACACGAUCGGUGGAACUUCGGUAACCUUGGAGCGAGGUCAACCAGUGAUCAUUCCCGUAUGGAACAUCCACCGUGACCCCCGGUACUGGUCUGACCCUUUGACCUUCAGACCAGAGCGGUUCGUGGGUCGAGAGCGAGAGACCAUCGUUCCGUACUCCUAUCUUCCUUUUGGUCAGGGGCCGAGGAGUUGCAUAGGAUUAAGAUUCGCCUUGUUGGGGAUAAAAGUCGGCCUCCUACAUAUUCUGACGGCGAUGGAGGUGAGAGAGAGCCCCUCCUCCGUGUACCCAGUGCCCCUCGACCCUAAAGUCCUCACCCUCCAACCCAAGGACGGCAUCUACGUCGACCUCAAGCCCCUAGAAGCUGGAAUCCACAGUGCCGUCAAGGAGGAGAUGGUUAGACACCCUCCUUCAAGUUCCUAUGACCGUGGGCUUCUUCGGGAACUCGAGAUGUUUUAUGCGACGGAGGAAUCAAAUAUGGAGUUUAAAACUUCCUGAGUGUUUUAAAUUAUAGUGCUAAUGUUUCGGAAAAAAAAAAAUUGUCGAUAUCAAAUAUUUUAUACUGAGAGUUGCAUAUCUUCGUGUACAAUACCAGGAAUAUAUGGUGUAAAUGACGUUAUUUUUGUAGUUCCUAAAAAAAUCUUUUAAUGUUUGAAUUAUUGUGUCGUUAUUUGUAUUUUGUUAUUUGUUUAGUGACACUGAGCGCGAUGCAGACAGGUAAAAUUGUCAAUAUUUUUUAUUUCUGUAGGAUAACCAAGACCAUAGACUAUUCUCGAUGAAUAGAAGAAAACAAAAAAGCACUGGUAUUCUUAAUUAUCUAAAAAAGGCUGUUAAAUUUGCAUAAAUCUUUACUCACGUUACCCAUUUGUAGCAGACACCGUUAGCAUUUUUUUUUUUUUUUUUUUUUUUUUUACAAGUUCCUUCUUUCCACACAUCUAUUUUAUUAUUAUAAAAAAAAUGUUCUUAUAUUUAUAACAGUGUUGUAGUCAUAUGGUUUAAGUCAUUGUUUGUAAAUAAUAUUAAGUGUUGUAUAUUGAAGUAUCAAAGUGAGAGUUUUAUACAUGUCACUGCUAUAUAAAAAAAAACUUUUGUACAUAUAAAGUAAUUGGAAACAUCGCUCAAAAGACAAAUAUUUUUGUUAGAUAUUUAUAUUAAUUUAUAAUAUUUAUUAAAUAAAGAUAUUUAUUGUUUUAA